UCCUCGGGCUCGCGGCGCUAGCGUACAACCAGCUCCUCCCUCCGCCCCCUGCCCGGGCUCAAAUCGAGCCUCUAGGCCGUGCCUCUCCUACUGCUCGCGCGCGCUCCCCACCCCAACGGCGCUCUGAAGCGGCUCCCCUCCCACCCACACGUCCUAGGGGUGGCGCCGCGGGGCGGAGUCGUUGGCGCUGUCAUGGCGUCCAGGGCGCUGCUGGCGAAGGAACAGCCUCUGCGGAGCCAGUAGAGAGCUAGGCGGGCGGCGGGCCGGCCAUGGAGACCUUGGCGCAGCCCCCGCCGCCCCCGGGCGCGCUGAAGAGGGACGGUGGGGGCGCUGCGGGCCGAAUCAUCCUGGAGGGGUCGGUGGAGAAAGAGGCGGGGGGUAGCAGCAGGGAUGGACCUGUGACUGCUGAGGAGGGCGGCGGGCAGUGGGAUCCUUCCCCUCCGCUUCUUCCCCCGCCUGCCGCGGGCCCCGGGAGGGACUCGCCUGCCUCGCUGGGGUCUCCCGUGUUGGCCAGUGAGAGCCGCCGGUCCGCUGCGGACUGCGCGGAGCCAGCGGUGACUGAGAACCCUGAGGCGGCUCCUGCCUUGGAGAGCGGCCCCGGGGAGGCCGGCAGCAGCGGCGACCCCAGCCCCCCAGAGGAGGAGUCGCGGAGCUUGGACUCCCAGGAGUCCUUCUCCAACCUGCACUCGUGCUGCCCGAGCAGCUCCGAGCUCAAUAGUGAUGCCGAGGAGGCGGUGGCGGCAGCAGAGGGCAAGGCCCCGACCCCCGGAGGCGACGGGCCCAAGGCGGCGGCACAGCUCUUGUCGGCCUCUAAGGAGCGCUUUCCCGGCCAGUCGGUCUAUCACAUCAAGUGGGUCCGCUGGAAGGAGGAGAACACGCCGAUCAUCACCCAGAACGAGAACGGGCCCUGCCCGCUGCUGGCCAUCAUGAACGUGCUGCUGCUGGCUUGGAAGGUCAAGCUGCCACCGAUGAUGGAAAUCAUAACUGCUGAACAGCUGAUGGAAUAUUUAGGAAAGAAGUUAAGCCACGCUGAGGAGAUCGUGGACCCUCACGGCCGAGGCGACACCAUCUUCUUUGAGAGCAGCUUUGCUUCACUCUUACUUGGAACAAAGGGAAGAGACUAUAUUCUUGAUGCAAAACCAAAAGAGAUUUCUGAAAUUCAACGUCUAAAUUAUGAGCAGAAUAUGAGUGAUGCAAUGGCUAUCCUACAUAAGCUACAGACAGGUCUGGAUGUGAACGUGAAGUUCACUGGUGUACGAGUUUUUGAAUACACACCUGAAUGCAUAGUGUUUGACCUUCUUGAUAUCCCUUUGUACCAUGGAUGGUUAGUGGAUCCUCAGAUUGCUGACAUUGUGAAGGCAGUUGGUAAUUGCAGUUACAAUCAAUUGGUGGAGAAGAUAAUCUGUUGUAAACAGUCGGACAACAGUGAGCUGGUUAGUGAAGGAUUUGUAGCUGAACAAUUUCUGAACAAUACAGCCACUCAGUUGACAUACCAUGGGUUAUGUGAGCUGACUUCAGCAGUUCAGGAAGGAGAACUUUGUGUGUUCUUCAGGAACAACCAUUUUAGCACCAUGACCAAAUAUAAGGGUCAGCUUUAUCUGCUGGUGACAGACCAGGGUUUUCUUACAGAAGAGAAAGUUGUCUGGGAAAGUUUACAUAAUGUAGAUGGUGAUGGAAAUUUCUGUGACUCUGAAUUCCACCUUCGGCCUCCAUCAGACCCAGAAACUGUAUAUAGAGGGCAGCAGGAUCAAAUUGAUCAGGACUAUCUGAUGGCAUUGUCUUUACAACAAGAGCAGCAGAGCCAAGAUAUCGAUUGGGAGCAGAUCCCAGAAGGAAUCAGUGAUCUAGAGCUAGCAAAGAAGCUGCAGGAAGAGGAGGAUAGGCGGGCUUCUCAGUACUAUCAGGAACAAGAACAAGCAGCUGCAGCUGCUGCUCAGGUCCAGCAGGUGCAAGGAGCUGCUUCUCCAGGAAGUGGAAGACAAUCUGGAAGUAAUGAACGCAAACGAAAAGAACCUCGAGAGAAAGAGAGGGAGAAAGAGAAAGAAAAGAAUAGUUGUGUUAUUUUGUAACCGGGGAUGGAUUUUGCCUGGAGUCAAGUGCAUGUCCUCAAACAAAAACAAGGAAUAAAAUGAAGACAAACCCGUUACAUGCCGCCUGUGCCUGAUUACCCCAUGGAUUUAUUCACGUUUAAGGAGAGGAUGGGUGACUACUUUGUUACAAUCAUACAGACUUUCUUCAAAGUCGUACAGUGCGCUUUGCGUGAGAUGGAAUUCCAUUACAAUUGGAUGCGGCUGUGCUUUGAGUCAGUCAUGAGAAAUACUGCACCUUGUAGCUAAACACACAAAUCAUGGCAAGUUUUGUGUCAUAGUGACAUGCGUUACUUAUAAUAUCAGUUAGUAAGCUAUUUCAUCUUCUGCUCUAAACAAAGAAAGGAGGUCAUUGGUUUUGUCAGAUUUCUUCCUGAAAUCUUUACAUCAACAAAACAGAAUCCUGUAUUACUUUUCAUGGUCUGACAAUAUAACUUAGACUGAGCAUUUAUGGCUUAAGAGCCCAAUGAGUUUCUGGGCAAACUGCCUCCAUAAUGAACCCAGAUUCCUUUUGUUCAAGAGCUGGUAGCCCAUUCUUUAACCCAUAUUUGUGCUGGGUUAGUUCUACCACUGGGUUAGUUCUACCACCGUGACCUUUGUCUCACAUAUAAGUUAUUUGUUAAACAUCAUAUUGAAAAUUGUGUGUCAUGGAAAAAUGGGGUGUCUAUUGAUAAGCAAGAUAAAGAUUUAUUUUGCUUUUCUUGAAGUUUAAAACUGGGUAUCACAACUCAGAUCUUAUCAGGGUCAGACACAAAUAAUUUAAUAUUUUUUUUCUUUGUUUAGUAUCUUCCGUUAUAGGUAAACUGGACCAGAGAAGUUGUUAUUUAUUGAUCUCUCCAUGCAACACGUGAAUGGUGGUAGGAAACUGAAGUCUCUAAUAAAGCUUUUCCUGCGUAGGAAUGCAGAAUUAAAAUAACUAACUUAAUAUCUGCCUUCGUUCAGAAGUACCUUGAACCAUAACAUGACUUUAACAUGUCCACUUGUAUAUUUAAGCUAGUAUACUGUGUACAAAUACUUUUAAAAAUCAUGCAUCAGUAAAAAGCACACUUUUGCAGGGUGAGAGAAAGGUUUAAGCUAGUCUCUCAAAUUGUUUGGAAAGGCACUCAGAUGUAGUAUCACUUUGUUUUUUAAAUCAUUAGCUUAGAGUUAUGGGAAACUUCUAUAGAAAUACUCAGAUUUUCUAAUUUAUGGGAACCAAGUAAACAUGUUACAUCUUGUAGUAUUUAUAGGUUACAGGAACAAAAUACUUGUUGAAUUUUAUUAUGAGGGUACUAUAAAUCCUCUUUCAUUUCAACAGGGAAAGUCAAUAACAACUACUUUGUUGCUGAUCCUUUUGAUAAAGUUUUUUAUUUAGCAACUUGUAGACACUUUUGAAAACAGCGGCUUCUGCUGGAAAAAAAAAAAGUUCCAAUUCACAUUUGAAGGCUUGGUAAGUGCAUUAAUAUAUGUGAGUAUAGAACAGUUUAAAGCAGCCAACUGGAGUAUGACAUUCAUAUAUUUUGAAGUGUGGCUUGGGGAAUGUCCAUGGAACUCAAAAUUUAAAAAACCCUGUUGAUUUCUGAAUUUGAGUCCAUUGUUAAAGCAAUGCUAUAAAACUGUUCAAAUGGAAUUGCCUCCAUAAUUGGAACCAGUCAAUGCACAAAUCUGUUACAUAUUUAAAUAAACAAUUAAGCUGAUAAUGUAGGAAUAGUUCUGGUGAUAACCGAAGAGCCAGUCUAGAUCACUCUUAGUUUCUUCCUCAGCUUUUUUCCUUCUAUCCACUUUGUUACAAUUUCCUUUUUGUAAUACUGAAAUGAUGAUGAAUGAUUGAAGGGGAUCUCUCUUUCAGACACACAAAUCCAUUUCUUCAGACAAAAUUAUACAAAUAUAAACAAGGAACACAAAUGUGAUGGUUUGCUUUAUGCAGAACUGAAAAUAUUGAUAUAUUGUAUUGGAGGUACAAAAACUUUUAACCAUAUUUUUUUUAAAAAGCAGUCUGUUACUGAUGAAAUAUUUCCAAACUCAUAUUUACAUUUAAUACUCUUGAAAAAUAAAUAUGUCAAGUUAAGCUUUUGUUACCUUAUUAUUUCCAAUGACAAUACUGGCAUUGUACAUUCACUUUUAAAACAAAUUAACUUAGAUUGUUGUUGCUACUGUCAAGUACAUCUUUUUGUAAAAUAAAGUAAAUCACUAAAAAUAAUUCAAUGUACUUGGUAGUAUCAGAAAAGUCUGUUUAAUAUUCCUACUUCAUGUCUUACUGACACCCCUGAAACAUAAUUUGAUAUACUAAUGUAAUAUUGGUAUAUUCGAUUCCAGUGGAAGAAAACAAAUUAAAUGUCAAUGUUUGUUGUAAAAAUCUCAGACUUUCCAGAUAAUUCAGUUUCUCCUUCAAUAAAGGAGUUACCAGUUUCAGAAAUUUUGUGGCUUGAUAUUCAUAUUAUUCACAAUGAUUCCUGUCAAUUUGCUCUUUCUUUAAGGCUCUGGAUGACUAAGGUUUUUAGUAAUAUUGAGGCUUUUACUCUUUUACUUCUAGGACAUUGGUGUGCAUCUAGUCCAACUUGGUAGUGACCGAAAUCAUAAAUAUAUAAGCUAGAACCCAAUGUGAAAUAAGUUUGGUGGUCUUAAUUAAUUUCCUACAGGACAGAUGUCUACAUCACCAAAACUCCCAUAACAGUUGUCAUCUGCUGAGCAUCUAAAGAAUCCAAAGAUUGAAUAGUCAUUGAGACUGAACUACUCUCACCUGUAAUGGGCAUCCCUUUAAAUCAAUAUUGGGGAAUAUUUGUGGAGCACAAUAGGAAGAUUUAUACUCCUAACUCCGGUACUGUAAUCUGUUCUGCAGUGCUAUUACUCUUGCAGCUUUCUACAGAACUAGGCUUAUUUUUUAAAUAAUUUGAAUGUUUGGUUAUUUUUACUCUAUUCUACCUGUUAAGAUACUUGUGUGGGGGUUUUCUGUACCAAGAUGUACUCUCUGGGUAUCUCCUCCCGAUAUACAAAGAUGGAUAGAGAGCUGUCUAGGGAAAGUAUAUUGGGAGUUACAUGGAACCCAUUUCACUGCUAAAUAUAAUCCUCAUUAUAUAUAAUCCUCAUUAAUCCUAAUAUAGCUCUACUUACCUUUCUAGUAUAGACAUACCGGGAUCAGGAACCCACACUUCCACACCUUGUUUGAUAUUUGUCAAAUUAUUUUUGCUUCUUAAGCUUGUACCAUAAUGGUUGCAACAUUGUACGGGAUUGCUUUUGAGUAUUCAGAUUUGUAUGUACAAAGUUACUGAAAAAUGACUCCCUUACUUAAUACAAGGCAAUUCAAAAUCAUUUGAUGUUAUUCAGCCCAAACACAAAAGUAAAAAGCGUAUUCAAUACUCCUCUAAUUUAAAGCCUACCUUUUUUCUUCUGAUGCUAUGUAUAUGAAAAGUGCAGUAAGCCCUUUGCUCAGUUCAGUUUCCUGCUGGUGAUGUCAGACCAAUUUGUAAAAGAUAUGGUCCAUGAUGUAUCCAAUUUUGUGUAGUUUUUCUAAUGGUUUUAUUUGUUUUAGAGUAUUCAACUUUUAAAAACGUGAGAAAGUGUAACCUUAAACAGCAGGCAGCCUGCAUGUUCCUAGGUGAUCUGAUCAGUGUGAUGUCUUCCACAGAUUGUAUAUUGGGGUAAAAGAAUCAAAUCAAGCGUUAGUUUGAUUGUCCUGAGAUAGUGUAUUACUCCAGGCCAGCUAUGAGAAUAAGUUGUUUGCAACAAGAAAGGCUUGUAGCAUCAGUCUAGACUAUAUAGCCAGUUAUGAUUUAUGGUAGAAGGUCCUCUAUGGUUAUAGGCAUCAGUAUAAGAAUCUUGAUAGACUCUGAACCCCCAAUGUUUUAAAGUAGAAAUUUGCAGAAUUCCCUUCUUACCCUGUGUAUUUGGAACAUACAACAACAUAAUAGUAAUUUUAAGCUCAUGAUCUGAAGAGGGUGGUAUGUGUGGUUCCUGGUUGGUUGUCCGGGCCCCAUCUAGAAGGCUACUCUUACUUAUGCCUCUGGAAUGUUCCCCAGGAACAAUUCUCUCCCUCUAAGAUAUCUGGAGCACAGUGUGUGCUGGCCAGGUCCCCUCCUCCCCCAAACAAUGCCUGACAUGCCCACUUGGCAGGAAAGGAACUGAUUAUUGGCAUUAUACCAACUAUCUCAUUUAGGGCAGCUUUUGUCCCCUCGUCCCCUCUUGUACUGCUCCUGGGCAAGAAUGGGACCCAUUCUGUAGGGCCUUUCAGCAGUUCUGUUGAAAUGUCAAUAUCAAUGAUUAAUUUUGUUGUCAUGAAUUUAAGCUCUGUCUUUAUCUGAAAAAUUGCCACUGCAGAGCUUGUUGCAGUUUGGAAGUUCAUUGCUGUUUUGCAGCUAUCACUUUCCUAUUUUGUAGGCUUACUUGUGCAUAUGGAAAGGCUUCAUAUUUUAGAAUUAAUCUGUCUUGGCUGAUUCUGUAUUUCUAACUGAGAAAUAUAACUGCAUGGUUGUCAUUUGUACAAGAAGCAAUAUUUUGAGGGCAUGUAAAAGAGUUGUUUUGUGGGAAGUGUCAGUUGUCAGGUCUGGAAUCCCAUGAGGAAGUAUUCUAGUGGCAUUUUCGAAACUCUGAAUAGGACUCUCAUAUGCUUUAAAAUUGGCAGCUUACGAAAUACUUUCUGGUGACUUUUUGCUUUAUGGAUUUAUUUAUGCCAUUCUUUUCAUCCAAAACUUUUAGUUGAUAUAGUUUUCUUCCUAAAUGGAGUAAGUAACCAUUAUCAGAAUUUUGCCGAAUUUCAUGGUUCCUACGUCUGUAUAGGAAACAGUGUUACAUUGUAGUCCUGGCUAAUGUAGUCUUUCCCUGGGCCAAAAGAAAGUAAAAUGUGUAAAAUCUGCUUGGUUAACAAACAGUUCCUCCACCCCUAAAUGCUAUGCUUAAGUCUUUGUAGUAACAAGAAAAAAAGUCUCCAAGCUGGUAAAACUUGCUACAAUUUUUUUUCUUUGAAAUUAGAUCUUUCAUGGACCUGUACCUUUUAUCAUUGCCCUAAUAGUGACAUAAUUGAAUUUUGUAGCUCAGCUACAACUUUGACAAUUCUAGCUUUCGGCCUGAUUAAGCACAGGUACCAUGAAAUUCAUAACUACCGGAGACUUAACCAUCCUUCUGUGGUACUGUAGAAGAACAAAACUAAGAUUCUCCCAAAAGAAUUUGUUAAAUUGUACUCUUGUGGUUGUUUCAAACAGAUUUCUAAUAGCAUAAAAUCCAAGUGGGAUUUUCAAAAUUGUAUUGGCCUAACUGCUCCCAUUGAAGACCGUGAUAAAACUCUAAUUGACUUCACAGAGUUAGGACAUUCGGACGAGAUUUUCAAAUGUGUUCAGCACACAGUUUUAGUUUUGCUUUUUUAUUUUUUUAAAGGUGACUACCUUUCAAAGAUUUUUUUGUGUGAAAGAACCGAUUAGUAUUAAAUGUUUCUGUUCAAGUCUUCUGUCUUGUUCACUGGUAUAGCAAAGACAUGGCUGGAACUGUCAAUAAAAGAAAUGCUGGACAGUAUCUAAAA